AUGGAAGAACAGGUGUUCAAGGGGGACCCAGACACCCCUCAUUCCAUCUCUUUCUCGGGCAGCGGCUUCCUGUCCUUCUACCAGGCUGGGGCUGUGGAUGCCCUACGGGACCUGGCCCCUCGGAUGCUGGAAACAGCUCAUCGCUUCGCCGGGACAUCGGCAGGCGCCGUGAUUGCAGCCCUGGUCAUCUGCGGGAUCGAGAUGGACGAAUACCUCAGAGUCCUCAAUGUGGGUGUGGCCGAGGUGAAGAAAUCCUUCCUGGGGCCCUUGGCCCCCUCCUGCAAGAUGGUGCAGAUGAUGAGGCAGUUUCUGUACCAGGCCCUGCCUGAGGACUCCUACAAGGCAGCCACCGGGAAGCUCCACGUGAGCCUUACCCGGCUAACAGACGGCGAGAGUGUCGUGGUUUCAGAGUAUACGUCCAAGGAAGAACUCAUCGAGGCCCUGUACUGCAGCUGCUUUGUCCCAGUGUACUGUGGCCUCAUCCCGCCAACUUACCGUGGUGUGCGGUACAUCGAUGGGGGCUUCACGGGCAUGCAGCCCUGCUCCUUCUGGACUGACUCCAUCACCAUCUCCACCUUCAGCGGGCAGCAGGACAUCUGCCCCCGGGACUGCCCCGCCAUCUUCCAUGACUUCCGCAUGUUCAACUUCUCCUUCCAGUUUUCCCUGGAGAACAUCACCAGGAUGACCCACGCCCUGUUCCCCCCAGACCUGAUGGCCCUGCACAAUUACUACUACCGAGGGUACGAAGACGCUGUUCUCUACUUGAGGCGACUGAAUGCUGCUUACCUCGAUUCUCCCUCCAAGAGAGUGAUUUUCCCCCGGGUAGAAGUGUACUGCCAGAUAGAGCUCGCCAUUGGCAAUGAGUGCCCUGAACGCAGUCAACCAAGCCUCCAAACAGAGCAGGCCAGCCUGGAAGAAUCCAUACAACCUCACACACAACAGGCUCCCGAAGGGGAAGGAAGCAGUGGUCGUGGUUCACCUGUGUCCCCACCUGUACAGGCACCUGAAUCCACAUGUGAGCAGCCUGUGGAGUCACCUGUUUCACCACCUGUCUCUUCAUUGGAGCAGUCACCUGCAUCGCCACUGGCCUCAUCACCACCACAUUCCCCAACGGACUUGCCUCCUGUAUCGCUCCCAGCUGUGCACUUACCACCCAGCUCAACACCUGCGUCACCACAGCAGCAAGUACAGCCAACUGGAUCACCACCUAUAUCCCUACCCUCCCAGUCGUCUGUGUCACCCAGGCCACCCCUGGGGCCUUCAGCUGUGGGGGCACAUCAAACAAUGCCCCAGUGUCCUUCAGUAUCGCCUGCACAGCCACCUGUGGAGGAACUGGGCUCAGAACAGCCCCAAGCUCCUCCUGCCUCUUUGAAUCCAAAAAGCACCGUGCCUCAGGUUAAUGUGAAGGAAACCUCCAGCAAGCCUUAUGCCGUGGCGAACACUGCUGAAGAUUCCAAUUGGGUGAGCAAGGUAUUCAAGAAGAACAAACAAAAGACAAGUGGCACCAGAAAAGGCUUCCCCAAACAUCCACGACCCAAAAAGCCAGCCAGCAAAGUGCAGUGA